AUGUCCGACUUUACAGCCAGUGUACAUUCGCAAUUGAAAAAAUUAGAUACUAAAUUAUCAGGCAACAAUGCCUUAGGCCAGCUUGAGAAAACUUUAAGGUUACCAAAAUCCUACAUUGUGGUUGGAGCAUCAUUUGCCUAUCUAUUAUUAAUCUUUGUCAAUGUAGGUGGUAUUGGUGAAAUUCUUUCCAAUUUUAUUGGUUUUAUCAUUCCAACUUAUCUAUCCUUAAUUGCAUUAAGAACCCCUGAAAAGAAAGACGAUGAACAACUAUUAACAUAUUGGAUCAUCUUUGGGUUUUUGAACGUCAUCGAGUUUUGGUCUGGUGCUAUAAUCUAUUUGAUCCCAUUUUAUUGGUUUUUGAAAACCAUCUUUUUAAUCUAUAUAUCAUUACCUGUUACUGGCGGUGCUACCUUGAUUUACAAAACUUUUAUCCAACCAAUUAGUGACAAAUAUAUCCUAGGUAAAGAAAAGACUAAUAUGGCUGGAAAGGCAUCCUCAUCCUUCAAAAGCAAUUUCACUUCUAAGAGAGGUGAUGGUAUUAGAGAAGCUGUCGACGAGGCCAGCAGCGGUAGAGCUACUGGUGCAUCUCCUUAUCAAAUGUAG